UUUAGAACUCUGAACGCGUGGGAAGAUUUUACAUCCCUGUUGGAGAUCUUCGAUCUACGAGUCUGCGCUGGCUACGAUUGAAGAGGAAAACUGGCUUUGUGAAAGAAGAGUGUGAUCAGAGAUCUUGCCAUGAAAACUGCUGGGAAGCAAAGGAGAAAAAAGGAUAACGCUUCACUAAAGAGCAAUACAACUAUAAGCAUUAGUUCCUCCAGAGGCAAAACAUCUGCAAAGAAAACUAGUCCUCAGAAGUGCAAAUCGGCGCAUGAGAUGUGCCGUCUGAGUGGUAAAAAUGAGACUGAUUUGGCUGGAAAAGCUGAACACGUUGUGUCUUCUAAAACAACUCAAGCAUUGGGUCAUCCGUCUUUGGACAGAGUGGGUAUUUCAGAAACAGAAAAUAAUGUGCCCAAGCAUGGACAGACACUAAAACCUUCCAUGAAGAUCAAGCUCCAGCUUUUCCCAAUAGAUGAACGCACUCGCUUAGGACUGGAAAAGGAUGGCUAUAAUCCACACUUGGAGCUUACUUUGAAAGCUCAAAAAAAGAUACACUCAGUGGUGAAGCAUCUCAAUAUGAAGUGGGGAAGUUCAAGCAUAGCAGUGGGAGAGCUCAUGCUUUUCCCAUACAGCAUAUGUAUGGAAAAUAUAGCUGCGUACGAAAGAUGGUCUUUGAAGGACAUUGAUACUAGUGCAGCAGAUGUAUAUACAAUGAUUGGCAAGCCUUCUAUUUUCCGUUUGAGGUAUGGCUGGCUCUCUAAUUUAGUGCCUGAAAACCUUCGGUUACCUCUUACCUCCAGUGGUUUUGAAGAUUGUUUACAAACUGAAGGCAUACAAAGAGGUUUUAGUAAGAAUGUGAAGAUCAUGGAAGGAGAAAAGCAAGGAUGUGAGGAUGAUCUGAGAACAAGCCAGGGAGUUUCAUUAUCAUCGCUAGCAUGGGAUGAUUGUCUUACAAACAUUAGCAUUGGAGGUCUACUGUCGGACGCAUCCUUGCAGGGUAACACCAAAUGUUAUGAUCCAGUGCCUGUUGGGAAUGAUUUGUGCUUGCAGCAAGUUCCAUUCAGCUCUGAUUCAUUUGAUGUUGCUAUUUCGAAUCUUAUACGUGGUCGUGCUCAAGGCCUGAGGCCAUCCUCAAAUGGAUCUCAUUCAUCCAUCUUGGAUGCGGAAGAAACAUGCCAUGCAUUUUCAUUUCAAAAGUUGUCUUCACCUGGUGAAAAUGUACUCCCUGCUUCAAGAAGUGCUCAUGCUGGAUCUUGCAGUCAGGAUGCUGGUUCCAAGUCAUUCAAAAUCUCCAAUUUGUUUGAGGUGGGAAACCAAGCUGAAUCCUGCCGGGAACUUGCUCCACAAGAACCAAAGGAUGACUUGCUACCUCAGACACAAGGAGUAAAUAACCUAGAAAGUAGCGUUGGGCUGGCAGACAUCAAAUGGACUGAUUCGUUGGGUCCCUUAGACCUGGGGUUAUCAUUCUCUCAGCGGAUCAACAGUGGGGAAAGUAUUAGCCUCAGUGGUUUCUUUGGCAGCAGUCUAGAUGCAUUCCAAAGCUGCUCAUUCUUUGCAAGAGAUGGGAAGGUUCCUACUACUUGAAAAAUGAAAUAAAGAAGCCUUGAAACCUGCUCUUGUUAAGAAUAAGAACAAGUAAACUUUUUUCAUGUAUUUUGGUACAUAGCUGGAAUUAAUCUUGUAGUGCAUUCUUCUGUGAAAUUUUUUCAAAACCAAAAGGGAAAAGAAGGUGAACAUUGACAAUUACUUUUAAC